AUGGCAGCUCAGGGCUCCAGCCAGGGCGGGGGACUCACUGCACUGAAACAUGGGCGGCCAAGCUGGCUGCUGCCUCUGCUAACUGCCAACAAGAUGGCGGAUCCUGCGGAAAUGACGGAUUUGUCUUCUGCAACCAACCGCACCGGCCCAUGGGGCCCCCCAAAGCACGGGGCCCAGAGUGGUUAUAGAUCAAAAGGAUAUAUAUGCGCAGCACACUAUUUCCAAAGAGAGACACGGGUCUCACAAACUUCCAGGUACAGAAAUGAACGUGAAUAUCAGCAGAUGCUAAAAGAGACCCUUGAACGCCUUAAUAAGGAAGCAGAUGAAGCUUUGUUAUGUAAUCUGGAACUUCAGAUUGAAUCACAGUUCCUGCAGGAUGACAUUAAUGCCACAAAGGACAGGUACAAGAAGAAUAUCAUGGAAAUACAGACCUAUGUCAGCAUUUUACAACAGAUCAUCCAAAUGACCCCUAGUGUGACCACCAUUACAGUUGGAGUGAGCGAGGAAAGACUGAUGGCAGAAAGGAGAAUUCCUAUCCUGCAGAGUCAGCUGGAAGAGUACAAGAGCAUUCUUUGUCAGCUGCAGACUCAGAAAUUGAAACUGCAGACUGAGACAACCGUGCUGGAACAAGCUAUUAAGAGCACUCAAGAGAGUUAUGAUGAUGAGGUUCAGCUAUACAACGAGCAGAUUGAAACUCUUAGGAAGGAGAUAGAGGAUGCUGAGAGGACCUUGGAGAAGUACACGAGUGACUGUCACCAGCUGGUGAUAUAUCAGCAGUCCCUGGAGAAUGAGCUGGAGCGGUACAAACGUAUCAUUGAGAAUGAAGACAACCGGUUAAAUUCUGCCAUAAUUGGAACCCCAGUUGCACUCUUCACACAGAGCUACAGACCCUGCCAAACUACAACCUGGAGAAGGCGAGAUAUCACCCUGGUUAUGCAAGAAAUUGCAAGUGCAAAACCAAGACAAAAAGGUCUGGCAAAGAAAAUUUCUAGGAGAAAGGAGAUCACUUCCAAAGACAUAGAUGGGUUUUCACCUGAAAACAGCUAUGAAAGAACUCUGGAAGACUUUCAUCAGGAUCAGCUGCAAUUUAAACAUGAAAGCACAGUAUGUGAACCUAAGCAGGAAGAAUUAGAACUAGUUGAGCAAGAAACAGUCCCAGAGGAUGUGCCUGAUGGAGCUCGGAUAAGUAAAGCUUUUGAUGAAUUGUGUAACACUGUGAGAGAGAAAAUAAGAUGCUUCAAGAGACCCGAGCCUAAGACUGACUUGUCUACCAAAGAGAGCUAUGUACUUGUCACAGGGGAAGCAAACUAUGACCAUCCUUGUUUCUAUUCUUCCUCCACCCCGGCUGGAGGUGGGAUCAUUGUUUCCACUAGCAAUGGAAAGAUGCCAAAUGGUGGGGAGGUGGAGCCAAUUCCAGAGCUGCCUGAACCCUCUGAACCAUCAGCAAAUGAGAAAGGGGAAGUCCAUGAAAUGCAAUAUGAGCUUGAAGAGAGAGAAGAAAUAAAUGAACAGGGCAGAAAGUCAGAAGAAAAAGCUGAAGAGCCCUCAAAGCAGCCUGACAUCACUGGGCCUGAGGCAGCACCUCCAGCUGGUGUAGCCGGCCCUUCUGAGCCAGACGUAUUUGAAGAGACAGAGCAUGACAGAGAAGACCAACGAGGAGGCCAAGCAUUCAGAGAACCAAGCUUACCCAGUUCCAUGAGCUAUGAGAAGGUGGAAGUAGUGGAAUCUAUUGAGAAGUUUUCAGAUGCCAGAAUUCAGACUUAUGAAGAGACAGCUAUGAUUGUGGAGACAACAAUUGAGAAGACAAGCAAGAAGAAGCUAGGAGACAAAGGCUCUUAAGUUACAUCAUUUGAUAAGCAACUUGUCUGGCAUAGUUAUUAAAUGACAAUAUUUUUCCCCUGACCCAAUGCUAACAUAGUGAGACUUUUGCUGUUUGAUAUAAAACAUUGAUACAUGAAUGGCCAUUCUGCCUGGUGUAGGUUUAUCUUUAAUGUAAUAAUCACUAAAAUAGUAGGUUCAUUUACGCAACACUUUUUGUGAUU